AUGAAUCUCCACUACCAGUUAGCCAUUCUCAAGGCAAGUAGUUCCUCCAUCUCGAAUUACUUUCACAAAUUCACUACACUAGUUGAUACUUUAGCUACUGCUGAUCAACCUCUCAAUGAGUUUGAGUUGGUCUCUUUUUUGGUUGCUGGACUUGGAUCACAAUACGACUCCUUCGUGACCUCUUUGACUACUCGAGUUGAUCCAAUCUUCUUGGAAGAUCUCUAUGGCCAUAUGCUUGCACAUGAACUCAGCAUGGAACAUUACCAAACCUCAACUAAUCUUACCCUGGGUAGUGCUAAUACUGCCUCUCACUCUCAUGGGUUUUGUGGUGGUCGUUCUGGUCAUGCUUCUAGUUCUAGUCCUACUGGUCAUGGUUUUGGCUGCUCAAAUCGUGGUAGGAGCUAUGGUCUAGGUCCUACUAGUCCGUCUGAUUUUGAGCCUGUUUGUCAAGUUUGUAAUAAGGUUGGUCAUACUGCCUUAAGCUGCCAUCAUUGGUAUGAUGAGUCUUACGAACGUGACCCAUCUCCUAUGCAAGCUUAUUGCACUGGGCCAUCUCAGUCCAACACUUUGAAUUGGCUUUCAUUAGUCUCAAGUGGAUCAUUCUUUAUUAACUUUGUCACUCCUACUGGCAUCACUCUUGUUCUGGUCUAUGUUGAUGUUAUCCUGGUUGCUGGUAAUGACAUCUCUUAG